CCUGAAGGAGCCUUUAAAGCCUCGGAAGGUUUGAGCUUGUCGAGAAGUCUGCUGUGCAAAACUUAUUGAAGAAGCACUUGCUGAAAUACGCACUUGCUGAAGAAGCCCGUGGUUACCAAAGCUGCGAAAGACGGUUCCUGGCCAGGAGAAGGACCAGCAGGGUGAACAGCUGGAAGCCCAUACCAUGGAGCUUCCAGCGGAUGGAUCCCCGAUGUUGGAGGGACUUCCAGAUAAUGGUAAGGAAGACGGUAAGUUGUGUUUAAAUGGAGCAAACAUGGUUUCUGAAGACCAUGGAGAGGAGUUGAGGUAUAGUUCACCUCCACAGUCUGAGGACUCUUCUACCAGCUCCAGUGGUAGCUCUUCUUCUAGCUCCACUGGUAGCUCUUCUUCUAGCUCCACUGGUAGCUCUUCUUCUAGCUCCACUGGUAGCUCUUCUUCUAGCUCCAGUGGUAGCUCUUCUUCUAGCUCCACUGGUAGCUCUUCUUCUAGCUCCACUGGUAGCUCUUCUACCAGCUCCAGUGAAGAUGAGGUAGGUAAUGGAGACCAGGACUUUAGAUCCCGAUUUCGGGUUGUCCAGGUCCUUCAACCAAACAUUAAAUUCCUGUGGGGCAUCGGCGUGCUUGAACAGGCAUUGGAACGUCUGAAAUCGACAGUUGAUCAGCUGGGCUCCGGUGACAGUAGCCCAGUGGUUCUUGCCAAUGUUGCGUUGCAGCUGCCUGAGAUUCUUCCCCAUAAUUUCAAAUAUAUACAAGACAUUGGGGUGGCUCAGAAGCCCCAAGAAGACAUGGCUCCUUCUACUUGUCUUGAAUUCCCAUCUGGACUUGACAAACAGGAAGAGCCCAUUUUGCGUCCAGAGAAGUCCAGUCCUAUUGGUACCUUGCAACAUCCUCAGGUUGGUUUGAAAGAGGACACGGCUCAUGUGACAUCUGUGACUGGUAUAAACGGGAAGAGGAGAAAGAACAGUGAUGAUGAAGAGCAGCCCCCAGCCAAGAGGUCUAGGCAGACUGUUACUGAAUUGGAGCUUGCCAUCAAGUCUAUUGUCCAGUCCUUCCCCUCCCAAGAGAUGGAAUAUGAAGAUCCUGUUGUGUUACCACCUGUCCUCUGUCUCUCACCUUUGAUGUCGUGUGAGGAUCCUGGACUGUCAUCCCCUAUCCUCAGUCCCUCCUGUAAAAGUCCUGUUUUCUCAUCCCCCGUCCUCAGUCCCUCAACAUUGACUCACUGUGAAGAUCCCAUUUUGUCACCCAGUGUUUUCGGUCUCUUACCAUGGAUGCCAUGUGAGGAUCCCAUUCUGUCUCCCCUUGUCAGUCCAUCAUCAACACACUUUCCAGAUUCAAAUUGUUUGUCCCCUGACUUCCGUUUCGGGAUGGAUACUGAGGAGGAAGCAGAAGAGGAAGCAAUACCUUCAACCUCUAGUGGAAUUACAGCAAGAGAGAGUUCCAGACACGUGUGGUUUAGACCUCACUACGACUUGUCAGGUGACUCUGAUUAGAUUGGGAUCCGUAAAAACUGAAGACCUGUUUGGGAAGUCACUUUAGGACGUCAUCAUUCCUCUCAUGUUUUUUUAUUAAAGUCAAUGGGUUUCUAGUUAGCCUGAGGAAGCCUUAGGUAGCGUCUUGCACUGGGGCUUUUCUUCUUCUUUGUGUUUUCCUCUCAGCUCCCCCAUGUUUCAGGGUGUAAUAGUGGUGCUUCCCAACACGUUGCUCUCCAAUAUAGUAAAUUAUUCUCUCCUGUUCCUCUACUAAUCCAGUCUCCCAGUUUUUAAUCUUUCAGGUUUUAGCUGCUCAUCGCUGGAUCCUUUCAUCGUUGUCCAUGUGGUUCCUGCCUUCUGGAUCCCUUGUUUUUCACACUGCUUGUUGGAUCUCCUCAUCCUGUUAACCUCCACCUUCAACACCACCAGUCAGAUGGAGGAAGAUAAGAGAACCCUGUUGACAAAAAAAUUGACCAACAAUUAAAGAAGAAGACCUGCUCCACCUGCUGAUCUACUGGCUGUAACAGAUUGUGGAAAAGCAUCACCAGCAGCACUGGACCAAUCAGGAGAGAGAAGACACAGAGGACUGAAGGG